GACCAAGACGACAAGUGAAGCCAUCCAUCACAAUUGAAGUGGUCAUAUCUCAUCUGAGACGGCAGCAUUUAUGAAACCCACAAUUAUUUGCUCUCAACACCCUUCUCACCUUCUCUGAAGACUUUUUAGCCCCCAAUCCCUACACAAAGUUGAUCAAUCAAAAUAGUCGGAGCAUUUUUGGGUUGCAGGUGAAGAUGGCCAAGAAGCGUGUCAUGGUUCCCGCCGAGAACAUCGACCUAUCCGCCGUCAAAUACCAGCAGGAAGAAAUCAAGGCUCCGCAUUUGACGGGUUUCUUUCUUAAGUUGUUUGUGUGGAUUGUUGAGGCCCCCAUUAUUGGUUCUUUGAUAAUCUCAUUGUUGAAGAAGCAGAAUAAGAUGACUCAGUUAUUGAGGAACACUGUGAUUCCAGAAGCACCCAUGUUCAAACCUGAAUUUCCUCCUCAAGAACCAGAAACCGGGGUUGUUGUUGUGGACGAGGAUGGAAAACCAGAAGACAGAGUUGAAGUGGCCUUGAAAUGUCUUCCAAACUAUGAUCCUGGUACCUGUUUGAAUGGGGAAGCAAGUCUAUCUUUCCGGUACUGGAAGAUUCGCGAUUAUGCUUAUGCUUAUCGCUCCAAGAUUGCGACCCCAUCUAUGGUUGCAGAGCACAUUAUUUCAGCUUUAGAAGAAUUCAGCAAUAAGAAACCUCCUCAACCUUUGUUACUAUCUUUUGACGCUAAAGAACUGAGGAACCAAGCUGCAGCUUCAACAAAGCGGUUUGAGGAAGGGAAUCCGAUAUCUAUCUUAGAUGGGAUUUUCGUGGCAAUCAAGGAUGAUAUAGACUGCUGUCCUCAUCCGUCCAAGGGUGGAACAACAUGGAUGCAUGAGGUUCGCACUGUCAGUAGGGAUGCAGUUUGCGUUUCAAAGUUACGUAGUUGUGGUGUGAUUUUUAUUGGGAAGGCAAAUAUGCAUGAGAUGGGCAUGGGUACAACUGGAAAUAAUCCAAAUUAUGGAACAACAAGAAAUCCCCAUGCACCAGACAGGUAUACUGGAGGGUCUUCCUCUGGCCCUGCAGCAAUUGUAGCAUCUGGACUAUGCUCUGCUGCCCUUGGAACUGACGGUGGAGGUUCAAUCCGCAUUCCUUCUUCGCUCUGUGGCGUAGUGGGUUUCAAGACAACAUAUGGACGGACUGAUAUAGGAGGGGCAUUAUGUGAUUCUGGCACUGUGGAAAUUAUUGGACCAAUUGCUUCUACAGUGGAGGAUGUUAUUCUAGUGUACUCAGCUAUUUUGGGCGCCUCUCUUGCAGAUAGAAUUUGUUUGAAACCGUCCCCACCUUCUGUGCCAGAUUUGUCAGUAUAUGAAAGUUUGAAUGUUCUGGGAUCCUUGCGACUGGGGAAAUAUACAGAGUGGUUUAACGACGUGCAUUCAACUGAUAUCUCUGAUAAGUGUGAGGAUGUUCUUAGUCUUCUAUCAAAAAAUCACGGUUGCGAAAUUGUGGAAAUUGUUAUACCUGAGCUCCAUGAAAUGCGUACUGCUCAUCUUGUUUCAAUUGGAUCUGAAUGUGCCAGUUCACUAAGUCCGGAUUGUGAGGAUGGAAAUGGUGUGAAGUUAACAUAUGAUACACGGACUAGUAUGGCCCUGUUCCAAUCAUUUUCUGCGUCAGACUAUGUUACUGCCCAGUGUUUUAGGAGAAGGAUUAUGUACCAUCAUAUGGAAAUCUUCAAGAAGGUCGAUGUGAUAGUGACUCCCACAACUGGCAUGACAGCACCCAAAAUUCCACCUAGUGCUCUUAAAGAUGGGGAGACAGACAUGCAGGUUACAGCUUUUCUUAUGCAGUUUAUCAUUGCUGCAAAUCUUCUUGGACUUCCUGCCAUUUCUGUACCUGUUGGCUAUGAUAAACAAGGACUUCCAAUAGGUCUGCAACUAAUUGGCCGUCCCUGGGGGGAAGCUUCAAUUCUGCGUUUGGCUUCUGCAAUAGAGGAACUCUGCAUGAAGUCCAAGAAGAGGCCUGCGUCAUAUUUUGAUGUUCUAAAAUCUAACUAAAGAGGUGCCUUCACAGCGAAAACAACCCUGUAGGCAAGAGUCUCAGUUUUCUCUAUGGGAAGACAGUUGAUUAUCAUUACAUGACGGUUGUUUUCAACAAGAAAAAACUUGGAGCUUGAUACUUGAUAGACAUUCAAUAAAAUUUCAAAAGUUUGUAGUGUAGUUGUGCCUCGAAUUUCCAAACUUGGGAAUUGUAUCAAUUUAUAUUUUUAGGACCCAAUGUUAUUUGUGGUCACAUUGUAAAGGCAGGCACAGGCCAUGUAAGGUACGGUAGGAAAUGAAACAGAUAACUUGUUUAUUUAGAUUCUAAACUCCAAAGAUUCAAAUUCAGAUUGUGUAAAGGCAGAAAAUUUGAACA